AUGUUGAAGUUUCGCAUACGACAAGAUCGAGAGAAGGCGAAUGGCGAAGAGGGUAUUCGCUCAUCGAUGGAGCCAACGAUGUCCAUGGGACAACUACACAUCUACUGUCGCUUAGUAACAGUAAUGUUCGAAGAAAGCCCACCGGAAGGCUUAGUCCGACCAAAGGAAGAUAUCCAGAUAAAACCAAGGGCCGGCGUUAGUGCUGUGCUAGCACGACGCUUAGCUGCUUCAGUGACUGGAUCAUUCUCAAAAUACGAUGGCGAGCGCGCGACUCAUCAUUACCAAGGCGGUCCACCAAGCGACUCUGUCAAAGCCGCAUCACCACCUAUGCUCGAGGCUUUGGAUGGAAUCGAGGCAGCCGUCUACAGAGGGCAAGAUCGGCUCAAGGAGAGUGACAGAAGAGCCUCCAGCGUUUCAUUUCACAAGGUUUUGCCAAUUCCCAUUAAACAACCAAAACAGAAAAAAGUCUUCGGUAAGCAUCAAUCAGAAGUCGAUUGUGCACAUAACUUCACCAAGGAACUCGACAUCAUAUUCGGAGAGCACGAG